GAUAAAUGUUGGUUGCAGUAUCACGCAAAUUCAAUGCCGCAAAUUGCUGGAACGUAUCCCAAUGUUAGCAAUGUUCUAGCAGAUACAAGUCAAAAUAAUUUUGUCCAACAACAGCAGCCUCAACAACAACAGCAGCAGCAACAGCAACAAAUACACCAGCAAGGACAAGGACAAUAUUCCAGACAACAAAACCAGCCCUUUAAUCAGCCAAUGCAAGUGGGUGCGUUUGAUAGAGGCUUUACGAUGAAUCAGCAGGGAAAUUAUCUAACCAACAGUCCGUAUCAAGAUCCAUACCCAUUUGCCCAAAUACAAGAACCCGCGCAAACCGGAUUUCCCUUCACACAAAGUUAUCCAUACACAAAUCAAAACCCCUUGAAUGUAUCCAAUAUUGCUCAGCAUCCAAUCUUCAAUUCUUUACAACCCCAGGGAGCGACAGCCCUCGAGCAUCUCCGCCCUUACAUUCAAACUCAGCCAACUCCAAUCUUCAUUCUCCCAAGUAAUCCAGUCGUACAACUGCCCUCCACUCAAGGACCCAACUGCCCGAACACCAGAACCGGAGCUUGCGGGACACAGUUUUGCUGUUCACCAGCACCAAUCCCACCCCCUUACAUUCCGUACCCAUGUCCACUUCCCUAUCCAACUCCAUUCUGUCGUCCAGCGGUAAACUGCCGAGACUUUACCAACUGUCAUGACACUUCAAACUGCAAAGACACAUCAAACUGUAGCUGCUGUCCCAAAAGACCUUUCGAUUGUUCACCUUGCGAUUUUACACACGAGCAUCGUUGUGAGCCAACUCAUGACUCUAUUUGCACCAAGACAAACUGCCCUGCAUCAAUAAGUCUUCAAGCGUUAGCGUCACAGUUAUUAUCAAUACCCGGUGUGAUAUCAUGCGCAGCAACUCGUCUCGUUUUACGCCGAGUUCCCGGUUCUAAUAUCAGAAAUUCAACAGAAGAAACUGUCGAACGUGCGCGUAAAACAAUAAAUACCUUAACCCAGGAGCAAUUAUUGACAGAAACACGAAACGCCCAGCAAAUAAACGCGCUAAUAAAUCUUCACAUGGCAGCAAAUCCACCAGCAAAUAUAAUUCCUCUUCUAACAACUGUUCAACUUAAAGUAAAUGUACUUAAAAAUCAACUAGAGUCAAUAAUAAAUCACCGUAUUUCGGAAAAUCAAUGCGCAGGAGCUGAAACUUGCGUUGGUUUAGAUCCGACAAUUUUAUCUUUCAAGUCCGAUCAAGAGUUGAGAACAUUACUGGCAACUUUGAGACAAAAGGAAUGCGACGAACGUGUAAAUCUAAACUUUGCGUCUUAUCAUUCUCAACGUGUAAUUGCUGAAACUAGACUGAGGAAUGUCGAGGAUAAAAUAACUGCCGUUGAAGCUGAAAUAGAGAGACGUAGAUGUGCUUGUAUACCACAAACACUUAGACAAACAAGACUAACGUGUCAUGAUUCUCGUGGUACUAUUUGGCAUGCUUAUCCAGGUACUUUACCAGCAUCAUCAACUCCCAUGAAUUUUGCUUCAUUUAACCAACGACAAAUGGGUCAACCACUUGGACAACCAUCUCCACGUGAUUGUUAUUCAUCUGAUCCAUUUAACUUUGAUGAUAGAAACCCUAGACGUCUGAAUUUACGACCUCAUGUUGGCAGUCCCGAGACCACUUAUCGCAAACCUCCGGCUCUUAUCAAACAGAAUUCUGAUAAACUAAUCAAAGACAGUGAUGACGACUGUGACAUCGAUACUGCUGAUAAUACUGAUACUAAUACUACCUCUAAUAAUGAUAACAGUAACAGUAAUAAUGAUGAUGACGACAAUUGUAAUUGCGAUUGCGAUAAAUCCACAGAGGACGAAAAUGAGGAUAAAAAAAAACUUCAAAAAAAAAUCUGGAUGCUAGUGAAGUUAUUGAUGGAAAAAAUAAUUCGAUUGAUGGAAAAUAUGGUAAUUAUGCGAGCAAAGAUAAGACUUCAAGGAUUUCCAGCAUGA